UCUAGUUGUGCGAAUAACUGAAAACGUAACAAGUAUUUUAUUAUAGUAAUUACUUGCAUUUAGUGUUGGGAGAAGCAUAAUUUGGAUAUAAAAAUGCGUUUUAGAAAAGUUUUUUUAUUCGAAGACGAUAUUGAAGAAUCAAUCACUCCAGUUAAAAAUGAUGCGAGUUUUCAACCCGGUAAAAAGUUGACCAAACUGAACGCUGUCCCAGUGAGGCAAGAAUUUCCCAUUGGUUCAGAUGAUUUAUGGAAGGAAAUUGAUUAUGUACUUGAUAACUCAAUCUAUUGUUUGCUAAAUGAUAGUAAUAAUCCCAUUACUUUUAAAGAAUUGAAGAGUCCAAGACGUGUUAAACCAAAACGCACUAAAGCUAAACGUGCAGUGCGUUGCAGUCCACGUAAACUCGGUAAGAAGAGGGUAGAUCUGAACGAUGACACUGUGACACAAGAAUUUCCCAUUGGCUCAGAUGAUUUAUGGAAGGAAAUCGAUUAUGUGCUUGAUAACUCAAUCUAUUGUUUGCUAAAUGAUAGUAACAAUCCCAUUACUUAUAAAAAAUCGAAAAUUCCAGGCUAUGUGCCAUUUGAAUUUAUAUCUGAUGAAGAACCGGUGGUGUAUGAGACUUUAGACAAAUCCUAUUAAC